GCUACCGAUCCACCAUCUUCAUCAUCCAGUUUUGAGGAAGUCAAACAGGAGGAGUCAAUAUCGUUUCUACCGACUCCCGAAUCUCUAAUAUUUGGGAAAACGACAACAGAGUUGCUAUAAACCACGCUGUGUCUUAGUUGGGUAGUGCGUAGUUGUCUGCCUCCGUCUUCCCCCCCCGCCGUGUGAGGGCGAGCCCGGCAUUGUGCUGUCGGAACGGGGAGCUCGCGCGUUCCAAUCUCCAACCGUCACGGCGCGCGCUGCGGCUCCGUUUUCUUCUGCAAUGGCUUCGGCUGAGAUCGCUCGGCAGAUGAGUGAAAGUGUCCGUCCGCUUUCCUUGUCGGGCCAUGUGGGAUUUGACAGUUUACCAGAUCAGCUAGUCAACAAAUCUACCUCCCAGGGAUUUUGCUUUAAUAUUCUUUGUGUUGGAGAAACUGGCAUUGGAAAGUCAACCCUUAUGGAUACAUUGUUCAACACCAGCUUUGAGAAUAGCCAAUCAACACAUUAUGAAAGCCAAGUAAAAUUGAAGGCCCAGACUUAUGAACUACAGGAGAGUACUGCCCGUUUAAAACUAACCAUUGUAAAUUCAGUGGGCUUUGGAGACCAGAUAAACAAGGAAGAUAGCUAUAAACCUAUCAUUGACUACAUUGAUGCACAGUUUGAAGCCUAUCUCCAAGAAGAAUUGAAGAUUAAACGUUCAUUGCACAAUUAUCAUGAUACCCGUAUCCAUGCAUGUCUGUACUUCAUUUCUCCCACUGGCCAUUCUCUUAAGUCAUUAGAUUUAGUGACGAUGAAAAAACUGGAUAGCAAGGUGAACAUUAUUCCAGUGAUUGCAAAGGCUGAUACCAUUGCUAAAAAUGAACUUCAUAAAUUUAAAAUCAAAAUAAUGGGUGAACUGGUUAGCAAUGGUGUCCAGAUCUAUCAAUUUCCAAUUGAUGAUGAAACAGUAGCAAAAAUUAAUUCAACCAUGAAUGGCCACCUACCUUUUGCUGUAAUUGGAAGUACAGAGGAAGUGAAAGUUGGGAAUAAGAUGGUUAAAGCUCGUCAGUAUCCCUGGGGAGUUGUACAAGUUGAAAAUGAGAACCACAGUGAUUUUGUAAAGCUGCGAGAGAUGCUUGUUUGUGUGAACAUGGAAGACUUGAGAGAGCAGACCCACACCAGGCAUUAUGAGCUCUAUCGUCGUUGCAAAUUAGAAGAGAUGGGAUUCAAAGACACAGAUCCAAAUAAUAAGCCAGUCAGCCUUCAAGAAACAUAUGAAGCAAAGAGGAAUGAGUUUCUCGGCGAGCUUCAUAAGAAAGAGGAGGAGAUGAGGCAAAUGUUUGUGAUGAGAGUUAAAGAAAAAGAAUCUCAGCUAAAAGAGGCCGAGAGGGAGUUACAAGAUAAAUUUGAACACUUGAAGAAAAUGCACCAGGAUGAGAGAAAGAAAUUGGAUGAGAAAAAAAGCCUUUUGGAUGAAGAGAUGAGUAUAUUUAAUAAGAGGAAGGCUGCAGCUGAAUUACUUCAAGGCCAGGCAUUCCAAACCACACCACAGAUGAAUCUGAAGAAAGAUAAGGACCGCAAAAAUUAUUAACUUUUGAUGCUGCAGCUCACUUUGUAUGAUUACCUUUCAUUUAUUGGAACGUUCACAAGAACGUUGAGAAUUCUGCUCUGAACAACAAAAAGAUGAAUGCUUUCUUACUGGUUGCCUUUUUCCUUCUGGAUUGCUUAAAUGGAUGAAAAUGGUGCAACAAACAAUGUAUCAGUCACCUGAUUAGUGCCAAAUGCACUGCCUUUGUAGCUGUAUAAUAAGCCAUAUAUUUAAACAAGGGUGCUCAUCCCAAUUGUUGACACAGACUUUGCCUUUUAAGUGUCUCUUUCAGGGAAAUAUUUGUAUUUAUAACAAUUUCAAUUUUGUAUUCAAGUAUAAAUUUCAGUAUGUUCUUGGAAAUUAUGAAAAUUUUUAUUAAUGCAUACAUUAAGAUUUCAUAUCUGCAUUAUGUUCAUUUAAACAUUUUCUUAAACUCCCAUAAUAAUGAAUCAAGAUGGCAUUCUUCUAGCUUUCCAACCCUUAGAAGAACAAGACAUUUAGCAAAUUAAAUGGUCUUAAACAAGAUUAUAUAAGUAGUAUUUUUUUCCAAGCCACAAGUGCAUAUUUGUCCCCAUAGGGUUAUUUCAUAUGUUACAGGAAGUUUUCAGGAUUGCACAGGACCGAUUUAAUGUUAGCUGGUUAUAGUAUUAAAAAGAGUUCUCAGUGCCAAAUAUGGUUAACUUCUGUGAGUAAUUUGGUGCCACAGAUACUUCCCUAACAUUCUCAAAAUGAUCUUGCAUUUACCUAUGUUUCUUGCUGCUGUUAGUGUUGGAGCUUAAUGUAGUACAUUAAUGGGUCCAGUUAUGGAAAUUAUUUGUUUGAAGUGGGGUUGCAAUUUUAAACACAGUUGUACAAAUCCCACUGACCAAAGGGAUGUAUAAAGAGCAUCACCACUGGUACAUAUGCUAUAAAUUAAAUAAUGACAUUGAUUUGAUUUGAGAUUGCAUUUUAAUUGGAAAAUUUGAUCAUUGCAUUACUAUUACAUAAUGGCUAAUUAUAAUUUGCUGUUGAAAUGUGAUUUUGGACAAAGUUUAAAACCAAAACAUUUUAACUUUUAUCACAAACAUAGCAAAAUGAACUGUGUUUUUUCUACCAUUGAAGUAGCAUUUUAAUCUACACUGAUUUUUCCACUACUCUUUCCCUUGCACAACCAAUGCCUUGCAUAAUCUGUUGUAUUAUUAUUAACUAUGCAUUCACUGACUUUAAAAGCUAGUUUUGUGCAAAGCUCCCUUGGGUUCAUUUUGUUUCAUUGGUCAUAUAAUUGCUUUAACAAUUAAAGUUAACGAAAAAUA